GGCCAUGGACGAGAGCGAGGACGACAGCGACUGCAGCGUCCGGUCGGACCGGCCGACGCAGUUCAGGCUCAACGGCAAGUCGUGGGACUUUGAGAACCCGGUGACGCUCGUCCUGGCUGCAGCGCGCCAGCUGGGGAUGGCAAUCGGCCGCGACGUCAACCUGCUCUGGAUCGCCGACGAGGCGCUGCUGGACGAGUUCGACGAGGGCGAGGCGGAUGAGAGGCUCGGCGACGCCGUGCCCGCGGCGCCGCUCUCCGAGGAGGUUGCCAGCCACUACACGUCCCUCUACGAGGCUCGCUCGCGCACAACCUUCGUGCGCCAGGCCGCGGGCGCCCACCCGCCGCUGCCCACGCCGGCCGGGCGCCGAGGAGGUCGCGCCAGUCGCGCAGAGCGCGCGCGGCGGCGGCUUGCGCUUCGCGAGGCGCGCCUCUCCAACAUCUCGGAGAGGAGCCGCGAGGACUCGUCCGGCACAGAGGCGUACUCGGAGAGCGCCUCCUCGCCCGAGGGAGGGCGAUCCGACGAGCCGUGGAUGCCGUCGGGGCGCGCGGCGCCGGCUAGGGAGGGCACGGCCGCGGGGCUGGCUCGCGCGCUGCCGCGGAUCGACUCUGCGAGCCUGCAGCUCGACUUGCUCGACUCAGAGGCGGCUAAGGCGGAGCCGGCCGGCGGGGAAGGGGCUUCGGAGGCGGAGGGGCUGGCGGGGGGGCGGCGGGGGAGGCGGCGGGCGUGGGCUCGGAGGCGGCUGCCGCGGAGGUUGGGGAUGCUCCCUUCGCGGUCGGUGCUGCCGUCGAGGUCGACUUUGACGACGAGGGGUGGUUCGAGGGGACUGUGGUUGGCGUGGGGCGAGGCGGGCGAGGCUUCGUCUAUCGCGUGGCGCUUCGGUCGGGCGACGAGCACGACGACGUGGAGGGCUCCGAGAUCCGGCCGCUCGGCUGGCGCGGCGGCCGCACGGCCAGCGUCUCCACGGAGCCAAACACUCGCUCGGACGCGCUCAGCGGCUUCGAGAUGCCACCCUCCGCGCCCGCGUCGGACGUGGCUGGCCCGGAGCCGGAGGAGGCGGAGGCAGAGCCUUGCUUUCGCAUCACCGACGCCGGAGUGGAGUGGAGCCCGAUCGAGCCCGGCGCGCCGCCCGACUAUGCCGCGCCGACGCACCUCCUCCUGCGCCAACAUGAUCAGCGGCUCGCUCGCUGGCCGGAGGUCAAGCUGGCGCGCCUCGCCGCUGGCCUCGAGGUGUAA